CUUAGGAGCACGGUAUAAAACCAAAUUAAUUGUUUGAAAAAUUCAUUCAACGGAAAAAACAAAAUGGUGAUUGGGCUUAGAGAGGAAGGUUUUGAUAAUCAAAAUGAGCUCAUUAUUGCAACACAAACUGGAUUGGUCUUGGAAUUGUAUCAGACUCAGACGGAAGCCGCAAAGUUCAUGGAAUUAGGAAUGUUGAAACUAUGGAACCAUCCAAAGAUCGCAAAAGAUGUCCGCAUGUCAGCUACAACUACAAGGAUGCUGCUUCAAAAUACAGUUGGUCUCAUGACGAAAUUCAAAACAACAAGUCAUGUUGUGGUGAACAAAAUUGUUCCUAUUAUCCUAAUAGGAAUCGAAAAGAAGGAUGAAGCAAUUAUCAGGGCUUCACUGCAGAAGAUAGCGGCCUUUGCAAGUGAUAUGCAGACAGAAACAACAAAUACAAAAGACAGAUACAACGAAGUAGUCCAUAAAGUGAAUGGGAGCAUCGGUGAUAUUGAAACAGAAAAUCAUGACAUAAUGGAGUCUACAAAAGAAAAACAAUGUCUGAUUGAUCUUGAAAAUCGCAGGAUAAAAGAAACAGAUUUUAUUGUUAAAAUGUUGGAAGAAGACGUGAAGGAACAGAACACAGCAGUGAAGGCCCUUGAAAAGGAAACCAAAGAAGCCAGAGAUGAUCUAGUCAAGGCCGCUGUGUUAACUGAGGAAAGAAAGGAAGGAAGCAAAGGGGAGGAUUUCCGUAAAGAAGACGACGAAGAUCUGAAAGCAGGAUUGAAGGCCGCUGAAAAAGAAGCCAGAGCUGAGCUAAUGGCGAGCUUAGGGUCAUUUGAGAAAGGUAAGGAGAGGAGCAGAGGGGCGGAAUUUCUUUUAGAGACAUUCAAUCCAUGGAUAUUGGCCGGCGGAACAGUUGAACAAGCUCUUAAAGUUGUAAGAGCAGGACUGGCACUUUCAGAUGACGUCUUUCUACACGUUAAACAGGAACGACAGUAUGCACUGAAGAAGGAUGCGCACGAAACUAUUAAAAACGCGACGAAGGAGCAGUCGCAGAAGUUGCAAAAGAGGAAACGAGAGGUGCAAGAACAACGAGAACUAAAACUACAACAGAUCCAUACUAUUAAAAUGCUGAACAUGAAGAUUGAAGCUGGCAUUGGUGACAUGGAAAAUUUAAAGGAGGCAAUUCUACACUUGGGAAAGGCCCAACGUAUUCUGAGUAAAAUCAGCGAAUUCUGGGAAGGCUUGUCAAAUGUAGUGAAGGUCCUCCAGGCAAAUGACGAUGCAAACGACUUGCAUCUCUUGACUAUGAAGUACGAUCAAAGAGAUAUUCGAAAAGCUAUUGAAGAAUCGAAAACGUACUGGGAGAUGUUCGGCAUAAUGUGUCAUGGUUAUGUGAGCCAGUCGCAGAGCAACAUCGGUCCAAUGUAUGCUUUUCUGGAGAAGCCGCUUGACAGCUUGUCACCAACUGAAAGAAUGGAGCGGACGAGAAGACUCCUUGAUUCGAUCGAGGAAGGCAUCAAUGAAACAUAUCCCGCCACCAUAGCACAGUAAAGCAGCAUAGUUCAUCAGAAUACACCAUGAAAUGGUCAACUGUUUAAUCAGCUCUUGAAAUUAAAGUAGUCAAAGGGGUGGGGACAUGUUCUGUAAGUCAUAAUUGUAUUUAGAUCAUGUUACCAUUAAGCAUUUGGUAUAAAUACUGAGUUAUUAUUGACAGGAAGAUAUAAAUUGCCAAGAAACGUAUUAAUCCAGUUGAAAACGACAGCUUCUUAGUUAAAUGAGAUAAUUUAUAGCUAGAAUUACUUUGGUUUUAAUAUCGUUAGUGUAUUCACUAGUUCGCAAAGAUUCGCAUUGACUGAAUCGCAUGGAUAAUGAUAGAGAAACUGUUUGAAUGUUUUGAUUGGUCUGCAGAAUUUAUUGACAAUUUCUGGGGUAAGUUUGAAAUCUCCUUAAUAUCGGUAUCCCUGCCGUGAACUCCCAAUUGACCCUCACACAAAUCAUUUGAAUAGCUUGAUUGUAAUAUUAAGUCGGAAUACUGAUCGCAAUUGUUUUAUUUUGGCAAAGAAAAAGUUAUUUUGUAUAGGUGUUGGGUUUGUUAAAUACUUAGGCAUUAUGCAGUGAGGAGUGAUUUUAAUUGAAUUGGUUUGAUGACAUAUUUUGAAUAAAAUCCUUGAUUUAUCCGUGAUUGUUUUGCUGACAUAUCGAUAUCUAAUAAUAUGUUUUUACAUUAUGUGGACAAAUAUUUAUCCAAGUUUUUUUUUGCUGUUCUAUUGAUAAAUAUAGAUGCAUAUCCAAGAUAUAUUUUAUGUGCUUCAUAAGCUUUAUAAACAUUUAGUUUUAUGAUUGGUGAUGUAUUUGUGCGUUUUUAUUUUUAAAAAUUUCCCGGCUGUUUUUUUAUAACAUUGAUUUUCAAUGUAAACGUAUGCUUGUAGUGCUAAUAAAUGU